CCAAUCCAUCAUUGACUUGUCUUGCUUUCAUAGAUACAAAUAGCAAGUUCAAAAUCUAACCUUUUUUUGCAAACAAGUAGUAAGAAAAAAAAAAAAAGAAAAAAAAAACAAGAAGAUGAAAUCUAUGAAUGAUAGCAACAUUGAUGACGAACACAAUCAUAACUGGUUGGAAUUUUCUCUCUCACCCCACAUGAAAAUGGAUCAUCAUUACUAUCAUGAAAACCAACAACCUUCUUCUUCUCUUCUUGUUCCCUCAAACUUCUACAUGUCACCUUCUUCAAUAUGUCAUGGUUUUGGAGAAAACACUUCCUUUCAUCAUUCUUCUUUGUCUAUGAUGCCACUUAUAUCUCAUGAAUCACUUUGCAUCAUGGAUUCUUUCACCACAUCACAAACACAACAAGUGAUGCUGCCAACUUCAUCUCCAAAACUAGAAGAUUUCUUAGGUAGUGCAACUAUGGAAAAUCAUCAUGAAUAUGAAGGAAAUGAAAGAGAAAGAAUGGAUUUAAGCUUAGACAGCAAUAUUUACUAUAACAAUAAUAAUGAAGGACAAGAACAUUCUUCAUAUUAUUCAGAACUUGCAUGUCAUGGAAUAAUGUAUCAUGAAUCAUUGUUGGAAGAGGAAAACAUUUCUUGCUUCAUGAAUAGUGUUGGUAGCAAUAAUAUUGAAGAUUGUGUUGGAAAAGUUAAUGAUGGUUGUGGUGAGUUAAAAUCUUUAAGCCUUUCAAUGAGUCCUGGCUCUCAAUCAAGUUGUAUCACUGUUCCAAGUCAUGAUGAUUCAAUGGCUGUUAAUGUUGAAGCUAAAAAGAGAGGGAAUGUUAAGGUUGGUAAGAAGCAAUCUGUUCAUAGAAAAUCUAUUGAUACAUUUGGUCAGAGAACUUCUCAAUACAGAGGAGUUACAAGGCAUAGAUGGACCGGUAGAUAUGAAGCACAUUUAUGGGACAACAGUUGCAAGAAGGAAGGGCAAACAAGGAAAGGAAGACAAGUUUAUUUGGGUGGCUAUGAUAUGGAAGUGAAAGCUGCAAAAGCAUAUGAUCUUGCUGCUCUAAAGUAUUGGGGACCUUCAACACAUACUAACUUUUCGCUAGAAAAUUACCAAAAUGAACUUGAAGAGAUGGAUAACAUGAGUAGGCAGGAAUUUGUUGCCCACUUGAGAAGAAAGAGUAGUGGGUUUUCAAGGGGUGCAUCAAUCUAUAGAGGAGUGACAAGGCACCACCAACAUGGUAGAUGGCAAGCUAGAAUAGGCAGAGUUGCAGGAAAUAGGGACCUUUAUCUUGGGACAUUUAGCACACAAGAGGAAGCAGCUGAAGCAUAUGAUGUAGCUGCAAUUAAAUUCCGUGGCCUAAAUGCAGUGACAAACUUUGUGAUAUCAAAAUACAAUGUUGAAAAAAUCAUGGCUAGCAACACACUUCUUGUUGGUGAACAAGCUAGAAGAACAAAACAAAUUAAGGAUACUAGUGAACCAAAAACCAAUGCCAAAAGUCCAAUUACAAAUAGUGAAGAAAAAAUUGAAGGUGGGAACCAAAAUAUUGAAAAUGGUUGGAAUAUGUCCCCACAACAAGAGUCAAAUACAUGUGACCAAAAAACUGUAAAGUGUGGAAAUUUUAGAAAUUCUACUUUCUCUAUGUCCCUACAAGAUAUCAUUGGGAUUGAUUCAAUAGGAUCUAGCCAAGUUAUGGUAGAUGAUUCUCCCAAGAUGAUAAGGACUCAUUUUUCAAACUCAUCUUCACUUGUGACUAGUUUAAGUAACUCAAGAGAAUGCAGCCCUGACAACAAAAGUACUGGCCCCACAAUGCUUUUUCCUAAACCUCCAAUUGGGUCAAAAAAUUUGAACCCUAUUGUUACUACUAGUGUUACCUCAUUGAUUCCCUCAAUGUCUUAUUUGCCAGUUUUUGCUCCUUGGAGUGAUACUUAGUAUUAUUAAUAUUGUCAAAAGUUACACUUAGUAACUUCAACAAAAUUAAGAUGAGAUUAUAAUUUUGUUUAAUUUAUUCUCGAUGGAAAUGUCAAGAAAUAGUUGAUGUAGUGGAAUGAUAAGAUGGAUUUUGAAGUUUUGCAUUUAGAAUAUAAAUUUGCAAAUUAUGUUAAGGAAUUUUGGAGAUUGGUUAAUGACUUAAUGUAAUGGACGGUGGGGGCAGGCAAUUUAUUUUUAUUUAUUGUGACAUCUUUUUGUAUGCUAGUGGAACAAGAUCUUUCAAAUCAUAGUUUUAUUUUUGGCUCUUUAA